UUUAUUAGGUACAAUAAAAGAUGAAAGAGCAAAAGCUUAAAGCACGACAGUUUUCCUAAGCAUGCAUCUGAAGAACCAUUUUCAAAUGUCAAACAUGACAAUGGCAUUACAAGUAGUCGAUAAAAAAAAAAACAAUUUAACAGUGGGUAGUUCAAUAACAUGACGAUAAUAUUGUAAGGUAAACGGAAACGGUUUCCGUUGACUGGUCAAACACGAACGUAAUCGUGUGUUACUCGAUAAUAAAUUGCUUAAGUUUAAAAAAAGAACACAGUUUCGAAAUAAACGUUAAUUUAAUUGCGCCGUAUUACCGUUGAUCAAGUGCUUGUUGGACAGUAUUACGAAAUUUGAAAAAAGAACGAUUUAAACUAAGCACAUAUUUGAGUGGUGUUAGUGUUGAUUGAAAAGUAUUAAUUUUAAAAAUAGAACGGCAAGACAAUAUUCCAAAUUUGAAUAUAAAAAUUCUGACUCGCCCAGUGCGUAUACAAAACUGAUAAAGAUAUUAUCUUAAUAAUAAAACAAUAGAAUUACGAAGAUAACUGACGUGGCCAGCGCGAUUUGUGACGGUUACUUGGCCGAAAAUAAGUAAUUUGAAAAAAGAACGUAUAAUAAUAACCAAAUCCUAUAGUUUGUGGUAAUUUUGUGAUUAUCCCUAAUUUGAACAAUGGCGGUACAGCUUAAAAGGAAAGUUUGUGCUCCCCGCACGUCGUGUACGGGAGGGACGCCCAACAACCUCCCACCGUUGGGCUUCCACGGCGUCCACGGAGAGAACGUGCGCGUCUCCCGCGACGGAUCCACGGCGCGCCGCGUUGAGUCCUUCUGUAAAGGCGUCGCGUUCAGCGCUCGCCCGGUGCGCGUCAACGAGAAGGUGUGCCUACGCUUCGUAGAGAUCUCGAACAGUUGGAGCGGCGUCAUCCGGUUCGGGUUCACGUCCCACGACCCGUCCACGCUGGCUCACUCUUUGCCCAAGUACGCGUGCCCCGACCUCACCAACAAGCCCGGCAAUUGGGCCAAAGCGUUGGGAGAGAGGUUCUGCGAGAAGGACAACAUACUCCACUACUACGUCAACUCGGCCGGCGAUGUCCAUUUCGGCAUCAACGGAGAAGACAAAGGCCUGUUUUUCUCCGGAGUGGACACGAGGAGUCCACUCUGGGCGUUAGUCGACGUGUAUGGCAACUGCACAGCUGUGCAGUUCGCCGACCCCAGAGCCCCAAGCCAGAGGAGGACCCACAGCCCGUUAGAAGAAGACAGACUAGUGAGCGGCAUGAGAGCAAUGACUGUUGAAGAAUCCCUCCCAGCUCCGAGAUACCAGAACCCGUUAGUUCCCCUGAGCUUACACAGGACCAAAGGCAGGAACGUGCAGUUCAUCAACGACCGAGGGGUCGCCGCGAGAGCUGAGGCGGAAUUCUGCCAAGGUUAUGUGUUCACGGCGCGGCCCAUGCGUCCGGGACAGACCAUAGUGGUGCAGAUCCUGGCGACAGAGUCGGCGUACGCCGGCAGCCUGGCGAUCGGCCUCACGUCGUGCGACCCGGCGACACUGAGGCCGUGCGACUUGCCCGACGACGCGGAGCUGCUGCUCGACCGGCCCGAGUACUGGGUGGUGCGGAGAGACGCCGCCAACGGACUGCGGCGCGGCGACGAGCUCGCCGUCACCCUCACCCUCGACGGCGAGGUGCGCGUGAGCAGGAACGGCUCCGGCCCCGUGACGGUCAUGCACGUCGACCACACGCUGCGGCUGUGGGCGUUCGUGGACAUCUACGGCGCCACACAGCGCGUGCGGCUGCUGAGCUCGGCGCCGCCGCCCGCCGCUGCGCCGGCGCAGUCACCGCAGCUGCGCGUGUGCGGCGCGCCGGCCGGCGGCACCGUGCUGGUGGUCAGUCUGCCGCCGCAGCAGCAGAACAACAACCAGCAGCCGCUCACUCUCGCCAGCGCGCAUUACAUUGAGCCGAUCCAAGCGUCGUCGCAGCUGUGCAUCGCGGGCCUGCCGUCGCUGUCUCCGGCGCCGACCGCGUGCUCGGCGCAGUUCCAGCGCACGCGCACGGACGCACAGUGCUCCGCCUCGCAGAACUCCUCCAACGAGCAGGCGCAGCUGCCCAACGGCCACGAGCCGCUCAGAGUCGACAGGCUGCCCAACGGGCCGUCCACCAGCCGGCAGCCGCUGUACUCGGUGAUCGGCGAGGGCACGCUCACCGGCACCGAGUGCACCAUCUGCUACGAGAACCCGAUCGACAGCGUGCUGUACAUGUGCGGCCACAUGUGCAUGUGCUACCGCUGCGCCGUGCAGCAGUGGCGCGGCAAGGGCGGCGGCCAGUGUCCGCUGUGCCGCGCGCAGAUCAAGGACGUCAUACGCACAUACAAGUCCUGAUCGCCGCACACAGAUGGCGCUGUUCGCCAGUUUUGAUUUCGUUGUACUCGUGCGCAGUCCCCGGGCCGAGGAUUGUCUGUGAUUUGGAAGGAAACGGCGGACACUAGCGAUUUUUAGAUUGAUUUUAUGUUUCGAAGUCCGGCUUUGACUGUCAUGUUAGUUAGUGUUGAAUGUAGGGUUAUUAAGUAUGUAUAAAGGAAAGCGUUUCCUUAGGACUGUUAAUUGAAAGUCGCUAGUGCCCGCCCCCCGGCGUCGAUCGCUACAUGCCAAAAACGUUUGACAUUUUGACUUAUCCAAAUAUUUUUUUUUGUGUAUAUAGUAUUAUGUAUGCGUGUUAGGAAUCCUUUAGACGUCGACUAUCUGUCUCCCUCGUUCUGUAUCGAUUGGAGGGAGACGACACGAUAUUAUACGGUACUUUAGUGUAAGAAUCACUCGAGUUUGCGGAUUGUGAAAAUACGUCCAUUUUGAAUGGGAAAUAGUCGUAUUUUUAAUGUACUAAUCUUGGAACUAUUUAGGCGGCGUUGACGACGGUUUUCUGAUAUUUUUUACUAAUGCAAGUAACCGUGAAGAAAGAAUGACAGUGAGCAUUAAAAUGACAUUAUUUGACACAUAACACACAUAAUUAUAACUUAUUUGAAUUAUUAUUACAGUAUUGACAGUUCGCCAUCGAGCUAAAAGAAUUUAUCGACACUAAAAAAUAUACGCGUGACUUCAAAAUUAUUUUAACAAGAGUUUGCAUGACGAAAAAUAAAAAUACGGAAGGCGCGUCGUCCGACCCGCCGUUGCACUUAAGCAAUAAGAAACGCGUGGGGGAGACAGUGGGGGUUGCAACCAUGCUCCAGAAGGCAACGCGUUAAUCUGUCUACACUACAUACAUAUCAACCCUCUCCCAUAGGGAAAGGCAGACUGGUUUGCCACUAUGCCCGAUUCUGGUACUUUUUCGUUUCUUCCACAUUCAUUAAUAACCUCAUGUCCGUCAAUCCAAGGUACUUUGACCCUUCCUUUACUCUAUAGACUUCCAUCUCCACCUUAUAUGCUACCAUCCAUGCUACAGUUGUCAAUAAUACUAAUGGCCUUUGUAACCAUGGUUGCAACCUCACCUUCCCCUACAGCGACCACUAUAGCGUAGCGACAUUAAUAUAUAGUUUAAAACAAUAAUAUAUAAUUAUUUUGUAAGUAUUUUAUUUAUUUCGACAUUUGCGAAUGGUGAUUUAUGAUUGGUAUUUUUUUGGUAGUAAACUGUUUUUUUAUGUGGUAUUAUUAUAGUUAAUACUGCAUAGAAAAUCAGUUUUUUUUAUAUGAUUUUCAAUAUGUAAAAUUUUCGUUUAAGAAACAUUGACUGAGGUGAGAUAUAAGAAUGUCGACGAAACCAAAUAAAGAUAUCAAUUCUCUAUGACAAUGUUGAUUUCUCCGAUGGAAUCUCUAUGGAAACUAAUUGUCGUUAGAGAAUUAAAAUCAUAUUUGAGCCAUAAGUUGGUUUCUCCAUCUCUAUUUGACCAGGAUGGUGUUUCUUAUGCGAACAUUUUAUAUUUCAGUCAGUCAUGAUAAGUUCAAUCAGUUUGAACUUUAAAUUUUGUUUAGUAGUUUUUCGUUAGUCUGGUAACACUGCUCAAUCAAAUUAGAUUACCAGUUAGAAUGCUUGAUAUCGAAGUUAGUGUUCAUACAGUGUUGCCAGAGCGUGCAUCUUGUAAAUUGUAGCUGGUAUUAGCUCAUUGAAGUAUUUUGGGAUAUCAUAUUAGGGUUCAAAUUUCAGUAUGCAAUCCCGAAAUUUUACCUAUUUCAAUAAGCGAAAUUUCAGCAACAAUUUACACAUGUCUGUUUCUAAUAAAUGAUGUAAAUCCUUUUUAACUUCCAACGGCAUCGUACGUCCACACUCACAGUAUACUAAAAUCGGUGAUAGAUACAACGCAUUUAAUAAUUAAUAAUUAUUAAUAAUUUAGAAGGGACAAGUAUCAUAUCAUGAAAUAAUUUUUAACUAUAAAUGUUACCGCGUAAGUGAGGGGAGUUCCUACAGGUGUUUAACGAUUUUUAGUAACGUGUACACGUCAUGUGAAAGUCUUAUACUACAGUGGUAAUAAGGAACCAUUUCUACCAAAUUGGUAGAAAAUUUCGGCCAAUUUAACACUGUAGUAAAGUUAAUUUUCUAAUUGUAUAUUUCCAUCACGAGAUGUAUGUCGACGAUCGAGAAUUUAGCCGAAUCUCGCCGGUAGACGCGCGAAGCUACCACGCAGUGUUGCCAGUGUUAAAAUCUACUGAUCGUUUGGUAGAAAAAUCGUUGAAUACUUAUCUGACAAUAGAUAUAUUAAAGCUUUAAUUGAAAUUAAUAUACAUUGGAGAUGUUGCGGCUAUCUUCAAUCUAUAACAUUCUGUAGACUGGCGUAGCGAUAAAAAUUUACUUAAAUAAUUGUAUGCCCGUGACGCUCAUACAUAUCUGUUUUAAAAGCAAUAUUAGUAGGUUUUGAUGGAGAUUUUUCAGCAUUUUUCAUCUAACUAUAGUGCUCCUAAAACUAAUAAUACUAGAACGACAAAAUUGACAUAUAUGGUUUUUCAUUUUGAAGAAUUAUUUAAUUUAUUGUAAAAGGUUUCCGAUGUUAAAAAUUUAUGUCUAAUUUCGGUUUCAUGUCAAGCAUUACCUCUCAUUUUUACUGCAAAAUACUUCCUUUUUAUUUUGCUUUACAUAUUUUUUUCUAACAAAAUCUAUAAUGGAUUAAAGGUUUUGUUAAAUUCCUCUCUCAAUUUUCUCUACCAUUCCUUUAUAUUUACUAACACAUCGUACCAAACGGACCGCCAGUAACAUGUAAAGUAACCAUUGGGGUAACUGUUAUAUGUGGCCUGGUACUAGGGUACAAAUUGACCCAUUCUGACGCAAAAUGUCCGGUUGGGGUCAAUUUGACCGGGGUUUUUAAGAAAAUCUAAGUGCAAGGUUCAAACAGGUCGAAGUUACCCCACGUAUAUAAUAAUUGUUUUAAAGCUGAUCGUAUUCAACGCUUGUUUCAUUCGUUUGAUGUGGAUUCUUACUUCGUGUAGCAAAGAUCGCUUUUAUUAUCCAUUCGUUUUACGUUAAAACUCGCCCUAGAUCGUCACUGCCUUUUUAGAUCCUAUCUUUGCUGUAAUAGAGGCCAGUUUAGCGUCCAAAAAUAUUUAUACGUUUUUCUAAGAAUCCAUGUGAGAUGUUUCAAAACGAGCGCAGCUAGUGUAAAGAUAUUUAUAUGUAUUAUAAGUUGGUAUGCAUUAGAACAAAUUGAAUUCUAUACCAAAACCUAAUGACCAGUCUGAUUGUCGAGAAUAGUGCGGGCGCCAGGACCAAAGUGGGGUAACCUUAAAUUUUAUAUUUUUAUCUAUACACCAAACUAUGAAAUUAAUAUUUAAUUUACAUCCAUUUGCAAUAAACGAUCCCAAUCUGCCUUCAAUUCGAUUACGAGAAUGAACCAAUCAAAAUAACUCAUUUGUGAGCGUCAAAAAUACUUCGCUCUGAUUGGUCCAUUUUUGAUGUAGAUCGAAAAAAUAAUUGGAAUCGAUUAUUGAAAAUAACGGUUAGUAUUUAUUUUUUUUAUAACAAUACAUAGACAAGAUAAAAGAACCAUAAAGGAAAAUAUGAAGUGAACGCCACUGGUCCUCGCAACCGGAAUAUCUUCAUGCUAUGUUCGAGACCAAAACUUAUUUUUUUUUUUUAGUUUUUUGUAAAUAUUUGUAUCAAAGCGAUGUGUGGAAGACAUGUUUUUGUAUGGUUAUUAUCCAUAGCUUGGAAUAUACAAUUGUUAAAUUCUAAAGUAGGGCGCAAUUGUUCUAAAAGACAUUUACAUUUGUAAAAUUCCGUCUAGAACUUUGUAAUUUACCUGACCUUUUUGAAUUUGAUGUUAUUUUUUGAUAUUCUAUGUCUUGACAUUGCUUUGAUGAGUUUAUAAGACCCACAAAAUGUUGAUACAGGAACGUCUGUUACAUUCUAAUACCGAAAUCGUAGUUUAAAUCUCAGCAAUAAAUCUAUUUUCUUUAUUAAAACUUAGCAGAAUCGCCAUCUGCCGGUGCACAUGCAAAUUACAUUUUCCUUCGUGUAUCAACAUUUUGUGAAAUGAUUUUGUGAUAUUUUAAUUUUUCUUUACGGAUGACAUUUGGGAGGUGUACAGCGUUGUUCUCUAGUCGUAUGUCUAAUUUAUUCACUUUUUAAUAAUUUUAAACGGAAACUCGAAUCUUUGUAAACGAUGUUGCGAGUUUUAGAUUAAGUUUUAAAAUAAAAAUGGUUAUCGAUCA